CCACGGCUAAGUGUCGUGUGAAAGUGUACGCCGUCCUGGUAGGAAGUGUAGAUCCCGAGCAACGAUUCAAUCGCCGGUUGCUCCCUUUUAUUCGGCGACCGAGUGCCACGGAAUUCACACACCGGUGUGUACGUUUCGUGCGCGAGAAAGAAAAGUGCGACCGACGAUCAUGUGUAUCCGCACGACAAUCUGUUUGGCCGUCAUCGUGGCCGUGGUCGCGUGUACUGUUAAUUGCGAGGAAGUGCAGUCGUCGGUAAUCAAAGAGGGGAUAAAUUUAAACGCAACACAAUACAAUGCAACAAUUAACGAUGACAAAAAUUUUUGGGAUUGGAUAUUGGCCGGGAUAUUGUCCCCUAGUGAUUCCACGACUGAAAAUCCGAAACCAGGAACUCCUGAAGAGUGUUUACCUUGCAAAUGCGGUUUGACGAACGUACAGAGACGUAUCGUCGGUGGUGUCGAGACUCAAGUUAAUCAAUAUCCAUGGAUGGUUUUAUUGAUGUACAGAGGACGAUUCUAUUGCGGUGGAUCUGUUAUAAGCUCUUUUUACGUAGUAACUGCCGCCCAUUGUGUCGACAGGUUCGAUCCCAAGCUCAUAUCGGUGCGGAUAUUGGAACACGAUCGUAACUCCACCACAGAGGCAAAGACGCAAGAAUUUCGUGUCGAUAAAGUGAUUAAGCAUAGCGGUUAUUCGACGUAUAAUUAUAACAAUGACAUCGCGCUCAUCAAACUGAAGGACGCGAUUCGAUUCGAGGGAAAGAUGAGACCUGUUUGUCUUCCAGAACGAGCGAAAACUUUUGCCGGAUUGAAUGGAACAGUGACAGGUUGGGGGGCGACAGCCGAGUCUGGCGCCAUAUCACAAACUCUACAGGAAGUCACGGUUCCGAUUCUCUCGAACGCCGAUUGUCGCGCCAGUAAAUAUCCAUCGCAAAGGAUUACGGACAACAUGCUGUGCGCCGGUUACAAAGAGGGAAGCAAGGAUUCGUGUCAGGGAGACAGUGGUGGUCCCCUGCAUGUCGUCAACGUGGAUACGUAUCAAAUAGUCGGAAUCGUAUCUUGGGGCGAAGGAUGCGCAAGGCCUGGUUACCCUGGUGUUUACACCAGGGUGAAUCGUUACCUCUCGUGGAUAAGUCGCAACACCGAGGACUCUUGUUACUGUUGAUUUAAACGAUGAAUAAUAAUCAAAGAGGGUUAAAACGAUUUUCUACUUGUUCCACGAGAAGUUAAAAAUAAUAGGUGGCCACGCGAUCCGUUAUCCCACAUCGAUGGAGACAAUUGAAAAUUAAGGCACGUAUCGCGCGUUCUCCACGCGACUCGUAAUAUUGAACGUACGAGAAAGAAAGUCACCCGGACUUUCUCUGUUUCUUCGAACUGGAAUUUCGGUGAAAACUAUAUGUGUAUAUAUAUAUAUAUAUAUAUAUAUAUACCCGUUGCCCACGGAGCUUUGAUUCUUUCUGUAUCCGUUUCCAUCAAUUUCGUGGGCGACAGUGAAACGUCGAUUGUCAUUGAUCAUCGACAAAAUUUUUUGUCGUACACGAAUUGUUCGAAGGAAUUCGAAAGUGUUUAGUUUUAAAUAUUUAUGAUAACUGAUAGAAUAUAUUUAUGUAUAAAAUACUCGAAUGAUACUCAAGUUUGUAAGUUAAUUUUUAAUUUUAUAGUAUUUAUGUAUCAAUUUUUUAUUUUUUGUUUUACUAUUAUUAUCAAAUUCAUUUGUAUUGCGUGGAAUUUUUUAUUUUAUUAUUUUUAUAAUAAAGUUAAAAAUAAAGUUGAGAUCUGGAAAUCCAAUUUUCCAGAGAAACA